AGUUUGUCAUUUUGAACUAAUAUUUUGUGCUGUCAAAAAUAAAUCGUACGGGAUUUUAAAGGAUUUUUUUAAUAUGAAGUGAUUCAAAUACUUAGAAACAUUGAAACAAAAUUAGUCCAGAAAUUAUUUAUCGUUUAAGUGUAGUUUAAAAGUAGAAAUACUUAUAUUUGAUGUGUUAGUACAGUUUAUUCGCGCCUCGAUAAUAACAGGGAACCGGCAGCCAUGUUGUAAUUCUUGUCAAGCAUCAUGGGUUAAGAGUCUCGAGUAUGCUGGCAGCAAAUCGCUAAAAAUAUUGUUGUGAAAAUAUGCAAGACAGUGAAUUUUAUCUGUAAACUUUGCAUCUUUUAAACGGUAGUUACUGUGGAUCGUGUAGUGGCCGCGAAAGUAAUGUUUCUGCGCAUUUUUACGGUCAGAGUGCAAUGUCGUGCUAGCUAGCGCAGGGAGUCGUCUACUGCCUGGCCAACGACUGCCAGCUUCCAGCAUCCCCAAUUGCGGGAGGUGAGCAAACGGACGUCGGGACCGUUGUUCUAACGUCUUGGGGUCGCGUCCGGUGCCGGUUUCAGCGAUAUGACACGUGCGGAGUAGUAAACAAGGAAUUUAGGUGAUAAUGGCCAACUUUCUCGGUAAGGAUCAGGCCACGUACGCGAAGGAACGCGAUGUCUUCCUUCGGGACUUGCAACAUUUUCAUGAAAUUCGAGGGACGCCAUUCAAGCGGGCCCCUACUCUAGGUGGCAAGGAGGUCGACUUGUAUCUCCUUUAUACCCUUGUUACUGCACAAGGAGGAUGGCUGAGGGUCAACUCGAAGAACACCUGGUCCGAAAUUUUACCCCUCUUGAAGCUUCCUUCGUCCUGCGUUAAUGGAUGUGUUGCUAUCAAACAAACAUAUUUGAGAUAUUUGGACCGAUGGGAGAAGGUACAUUUCCUCCAUGAAGAUGCAGAUCGUGCCAGUGACGACGACGAAGAAAGCAGACAUAAGCGCUGGUCCGCGAGAUCUCUACAUUCAGUACCUUGUUCCUACAAUUACUCCCAACAUAAUGUAACAGAAAUCAACAGGGAACACAACCAUCUUUCUACUAACUUGUACAAGCAAUCCGAUUACGAUCGACUCUCUUUAUCCUUGAUAUCUCCAUUACCGAACGAACAAGAUUUCGCCAUCAACGUAUGCACGUUACUCUCCAAUGAUGGAAAACAUACUUUGAAGCUAGAAAAACAUCCACGUUUGAUCAAUUACCUGCUAGCACACGCCGGAGUUUUCAGUCAUAGUUCCUUGAGGAAAUUGUUCAUCCAUUUUUACAACGUGGUCAGGAAGAAACCCAUCCAUAAUUUUUGGAAAGAUGUCCUCGAAUCGUCGGAAUACCUCGAUCUGACAAACGAAGCCAUAUUCAAAGCAUUAGAUUCCGAAACAACCACGAAAACAAGUUCUUCUUCCCUCAUACUCGGUCAAGAAGAAGAAGAAGAAGUAGAAGAAAAAGCAGCAGGUUCAAUAACCAUCGACGUUUCCACGAACAAUCAACAAAAAGAAACAACAGACAGUGUAGAUUGUGAGAUCGUCGAAGAAACAUGUGAUACUUUCAAAUUAAAACUGAAUCCUGAAGAUAGUGAACUGUUUUGUUUAAAAAGGAAUUUGGGUACGCAGGAUUAUAUAGGUCAAAGGGUAUUACAAAUCGCCACCAUAUUGAGGAACCUCAGUUUCAUCGAGGAAAACGUACCGGUAUUAGUGAAGAAUAGUUGUUUCGUUAGAUUUUUGUUAUUGUGUAGUAUAUCGCGUUGGAACGUUCUGAAGAAUCUCGGUACGGAUAUGCUCAGUAAUAUAGCAUCGGAAUUUAUAGUGAGAGAUUUGCAAAGUGACAUUUUAGCAGCUAAAUUGUUGAAAAUCGUUACGGACGGUUUGAAGAGCCAGGAUCGAGCCGCUUGCAUAUCUUCUUUGGAAGUUUUGAAUAAAUUGAGUCAAAACGAACAGAACGAAGAAGUGAUGCAAAAAUCUUUGCAGAAACAAGUUUAUACGAACGUUUGUUCCUUUUUAACUUUACACGAUGUCAUGUUGUUAAUUUAUACUUUGGAAUGUUUAUAUUCUUUGUCUUCUUUGGGUGAAAAAUCUUGUAAUUAUAUUAUCGUUAAUCACGGUGUUAUUGACACUUUGGUGGCUUUAAUAACGGUUGAAGGUAAAAGUUACGGUCCUAAAGCUUGUAUCGGGAUGAAAUUGGUGGAAACUUUACCUAGUGGUACCAGCCAGCAGGCUCAGGUUCAAAAUACUACCCAGUCACAAACAAAUCAGACCCAAACUCAAACAGUGUCAACUGUAACUGCAACCUUAACAGUAUCAUCAUCCAGUUCAACAUUUACUACUAUCAAUUCGAAUAUGACUGUCGUUACAACUUCAACUCUCACCCCAGUGGUUAGUAGUAGCAGUCCUACUCCGAAAUCAGCACCUAGUACGCCCGUGAGACAAGUACCUAUAGUACCUCAGAGGCUUUUGCCUAUCACUCCCACACCAGUGGUUACAACAGCAACACCUUCUACAUCUUCUGUAAUUCAAUCUACGUCAACGAUCAUGACGCCUCAACAGUUGAUUCAACAACAGCACGCCCAUCAACAGGUCAUACACGAAAAUGAACAGUUUGCAUUGGCUUGGUUAAGGGCGACUUAUGAACCCUGCGCAAAUGGUAAAGUCGAUCAUCAGGAACUUUAUAAGCACUAUUUGAAUUCUUGUUCGACUAUUGGAAGAAAGGGGGUCAUAUCGCCCUUACAUUUUCCAAGAUGUGUACGAUCUAUUUUUGGUGGCACAGUGGGACCGAAUCCCAUGAAACAAUCGAAUUCGUCCGACCCCCAGUUUUACGACGGUAUCAAGGUGCGAGACAAACCCCUCAUAAUCAAUAUCCCGCCAUCUGCAACGCCCCAAACUAAACCCUCCGUAUUUAUCCCGUCUCCCGCCCCGAAAAUUCAACAAGUACGUCGAAAAUCGUCAGUACAACCAAUUUUAUUAACGUCUCAGGGACAGGGAAACGCGCUGACCGUGGUGGCGGACAAUAACGGGACGGGAACCGACGUCGCCGCGUCUGCGCCGUCUCCCGCCUCGCCGAUACUUAAGGCGCAACUUAGCGCCCCGCCUAAACAAAGGGACGCAUCACCCGUGUCGACCAAAGGCGAUACGAAAAGUCAGGCCAUAGCUCAUCCUCAUCUUAGUCAAGCUCUACUCGGUUUGGGUAAUACUUCGACGACAGCUAGUAGUGGAGUUAUUAAUAAAGAUAAUCUAACGACAACGUCGACGUCGUCGACGGGAGCAACAGGUCAGACAAGUAAUACGUCGCUUAUAAAAAGCCUUCUGGCGACAAAGGUAAACGAUUGCAUGUCAACAGUGAGCAUGAAGACUGCCACAGACUGUCAAAAUGUAGCUCAGGUGGCUGCACGUCAACAGCGACUCCUAGCCCAACAAGCCAACGACAAAACCUCGAUAAAAGAACCUUUGAAAUCGUCGAGAUUAAACGGCGUUCGACAACUUUUUUCUGAUACCGAUAUAGGAGAUCCUUCCGUAUCAUCUACAACCCAAUUCACCGAUUUGACUAAGGGGAAGAAAGAACCGCCCCAACCGCCACCUCCGCCUCUGGCGCCGCUCAGUAACAACGUCAAAGGUGGUAAGCCGAAUAGAAUCGACAAUGAAGACAGCGAUUCCCUUGGGAAUCAUUCGGCUGCUUCUAGUUCCGGUAUAGGAACAGUCGGUUUGGGAGGUGUAUCUUCGACGGAAGACGGCGAAAAUUCCUUAACCAGUUUCGAAGGGUUACUAAACGGAAUACCUAACGCUGACAACGCCCUAACCGAAGACAGUAAUUCCAAAGAUUCUUUAAAACACGGCGAGAUAUCGAUGCAUAAACCCCUUAGGCUGGCCGACCUUUUAGAAAAGAAAUUCGAAAAAAGUCCCCCCCUGUUGAACGGCGGUAUGAGAAAAGAAUUAAGACUGGGCGAAAAGGCCAUGGAUUUGGUAGAAAAUCACAUCGAAAAGGCGUUAAGUAGGGAAAACGAAAACAACGCCGAUACAAAAAUGGAAAUUGACAUCAAAGAAGACAUCGUCUCCAAAGAAGAGGUCCACAGAGAAAUGGUUGGUAUAAAACGAAGCGCCUCCGAAGAAAUGAUGGAAAUUGAAGCGAAACGUCCCCUACUAUCCAGCAACAUCAACGGUUCCUCGACAGCAGCCUCUCCGGCACCAGAUUCGUCGAGUUCUAACGGCGACGACGGUCCUUCGAGAGUAUCCACCGCCGCAGCUAAACUCUUCGCGGAUAUAGCCGCGGAUAUAUUAGAAGACGAAGAUGAGGAACAAUUGUUACAAGAAGCACAAUCGACGCAGAUAGUAACUGACAACCAAUCUCAGGUGCAACUACAAACCCAGGCUCCUCUACAACAGAUCAUAAUGGACAACAGUCAACAGAUGUUGUUGACUCAGCAGAGGCAGAUCAUCGUUUCGCAAGCUCAGAUACCAGGAACAAAUCAAAUGGUCUUUUCGACAGGCGGUCAUUUGAAAACCCAAUCUGGUCAAACUGUAAUAGUUCAAAAUACAUCCGGUCAAAGAUCGAUGAUGUUGACACAACCUAAUUCCGGACCGAUUCUUCUUUCCCAAGGUCUGCAAGGACAAAUGCAGAUAGUGGCUAGUUCGCAGGCGGGACAAUACGUUUUACAAACUAGUAGCGCUGGUGGUCAAGGAACGGCGUACGUGGUUGCCCAACCGCAAACUGCGAUGGUACACGGAGGUCAACAACAAACUGUACUUUUAGCUCAAACGUCCCAACAACAAGGCACCGGCGCUAAAACCAUCAUUAUUUUACAACAACAACCGACUUCAGCUACACCGACGCAACACCAGAAGGUUGUAGUUACACCGCAAGGACAACAGGUUGUUGUGACUCAAGUUCCUAGGCCUAUAGUACAUACUUCAUCGGUAUCUAAUAACGUUUCGCCAGUUAAUAAAGUUACGAAAACGACAGCCGGCGCUGCAACAACUAAUACGAAUACUUCUUCUCAAACACAACCCGCUACCGCUACCAAUUCGAAUUUAUCGACUGAUAAAAAGGAGGAUAUCAAAAAGCACAAGAUCGCCAGAGAUCUGACAACGCCUUAUAUUUGCGAAUGGAACGAUUGUUUGAUUGAAAGAAGAUUCAAAUCUGCCAACGAAGUUUAUCUGCACGCUUGCGAAGCUCAUUGUCCAUCCGGUACUGAGGAAAUAAUUUGUCAAUGGGACAGAUGUGAUAAUAUGAAAAGAAGAAGGUUCUCGUUGAUGACUCACCUCCAUGACAAACACUGUAAUACCGAGGCGAUGAAACAAAGUUUGACGAAACGGAAGCAGGCGGCUCAGAAUAAUAAUAAAACUGAAAUGCCCGCACCAUCGGCUCCUAGUCCCCAUCCCGGUUAUGCUCCAGAUGCAGCUUUACACGCGAUCAAAAGACAUGCCAUGGAAUUCGUAAAUCCCAAGGAACUACAACUGAAACCUCCAUUACCGGUCACUGCCGGUUCGACAGCGGCUGUUGUCGCCCGUGGUGGUCCACCACCUACCCCCGACCAGGUGAGGUGUCGGCUUAUAGAUGACAAUGAAGGUCCAGUUACAAAAAGUAUUCGUUUAACGGCAUCGCUAAUUUUAAGGAAUCUUGUUAUUUACAGUAGUCAAUGUAAAAGGUACUUAAAAUCCUACGAGUCCCAUUUGGCGAAUGUGGCCCUUAGUAAUGUAGAAUCAUCAAGGACUAUAGCACAAAUUCUUUUCGAUAUGAAUGACGGUUCUACGCAUAGGUGACCUAUACGUAACAAAAGUGAUUGGUGUACAUGAACGUUGUGAAUUGCGAAUGUAAAGAGAAAAGAAAGAGAGAAAUUAAGGGAAAAUACACAUACAUAAAUAGACGAGCGCGCGCGCAGUGAAAGAAUCGAGAUAAAAACUCCUUUUUGUAAAUUAUUCGAUGAAGAAGACACAGAAGAAGAAGAAAAUAAAAAGAGUGUACAAAAAUAUUUAGUUGGAUAGGUACGAAAUAUGUAAGAAGCCUAAUUAUUAUUUUUUAUAUUAUUUUAAUUAGAAUAGCGAGUUGUGGACUUUUUUUGAAUUGUUCUGUUUCUUGAUCACAUGUCACGUCCUCGGAAAUAAAUUCUCCCAUUAACUGAAAAUAUAACAGAAAAGUGUGACGUUUUUGUCUUUUGUCCGUGCAAUUGAUGGCUAUUUAUGGUGUUCGACUGAAGAAUCAUCAAAAUUUAUCAUAACAAUAAAAUUUAAUUAUUUUUUUGAAUGUUUCGAUACCGAAUAUGUAUUUUUUGCUAAUAUAUAUAUAUAUAUAUAUAUAUAUAUAUAUAUAUAUAUAUGUAUAUUGCAUUUUUCACAAGAUCAAGUAGAAAUUUAUUUCAAUAUGUUAAACGCUUUUUGUACUAAGGGGCCUCUCGCACGAUCCGGUUUUUCUGCCGGAGAUACAAUUAAUCAAAAUAGACUAUUUUAUUUAUAUUUUUGACAACUUAAACAAGUUAUUAACUUGCAUGCAUUAAUUCAUGAAUAGUAAAAAAUAAAAGAAAUUUUCCCUAAAUUUUACAGAAAAAGUAAAUAUGCAGUUAAAAAUAGUUUCCAUUCCGAUAUUUAUAUAAUUUUUUACUACGGUGCCUCUUCUAUAAUCCGGUUUUUUGCCGGAAAUACAAAUAGUCUGUUUUUUGUGUAUGUUUUUAAAGAUUUUAAAGAAAAUAUUGACUUUAUUGUAAUUAUUCCGUUUUCAUAUCUAUGGUUCUAAUUUUGAUAAGAAAAACAGCAAAUAUCUGCUAAAUUACUAAUUUUUUCCAUGUUUAUGUUUGAAUACUUCUAAAAUUUUUACUAAGGGGUCUCUCGUACGAUCAGGUUUUUCUGCCGGAACUUUUCUCCAUCUUGUAAAAGUUUCCAAAACACCGUUCUUCAAAUAAAGACAAAAAACGUCUAACAACAUCACAAAUAACCACAAAUCUAUACAGAAAAAUGCAUUUUAUAUAUUUUCGUUUUAAUACUGUCAAGAUUUUUGUGUUAAGGGGCUUUUUCUAUGAUCAAGUUUUUCUGCCGGAAUUUCCUUUUAUAUUUAAAAUUUUUCCCAAACGAAAUGUGCAGUUCAUACGUUUUUGUUUCAAUACUUUCAAGAUUUUGUACUAAAGGGGUUUUCAUACGAUAAGGUUUCUCUGGAACUUCCCUUCUCCUUGAUGUUUAUGCCGUUUAUUAAAAAAAACCAAAAAAUGUCGAUUGUUUAAGAUUCAUUUAAAAUAAGUCCAACAGACUAAAAAUAUUAGAUUGUUUUUUUAUGAUAAACAGAUUUGUUGUAGAUCAAAAAUAAAUGUUACAAAUUUCUUCAGUCGAUCCCAAAUCCCCCAUUCAAAAAAAAAAACGAUGUAAGCUAUACUGUGUAAAUAAUUUACCUGCUUGUAUCAUGGAAGAUAAUUUUUUUUUUGAAAAAAAAACUCCAUAAUACAUGUGAUAUAGAUAUAGCACAUUGGUUAUUUUUUAUCAGUAUUAUCUGAAUAUGUAUUUGCUUUUUUUCCAUCAGUGAGGUACAGAAUCUCUAUUUGACUGAUUCAUUUUUUUUCAUGUGAAUGUAAAGUAACUACUGUCUAAAUAAGUUGUGUUGUGCUUAUCAUAUCCAGUAUCCAUCUUUUCAUACUUACCAAUAAAAAUUCUGUAAAAUAUUUACAAUAAUGGAAGAAAAUAAAGUGCAUUUAAUGUG